AUGGCCAGUUCUCGUGAUAUAACAGCUGCGUCGAUCAACAAUGUUGGCGAUGACUUCACUGAAGGAACGAAUGGUGACGACGAAAAACCGUCAAAAAGAAACCGUAUAGCCUGUCAGACAGGACAUAUACUCAAUAACUUAACUUCAAGUAUGUGGUAUAGUUAUGCUCUGCUCUAUUUUCAAGAAGUUGCUGGUUUAUUCCCCACAACCGCUGGAAUUAUGUUCUUCAUUUCUCAGAUUCUUACGGUCGUUACUUUACUAGUGGUUAGACUCGGUCGCGACAAGCGAAUUUGGAACUCGUUCUCUUCGUAUGGGAUACAAAAAGCGCGACAUGUUGUUGGGUCGGCCAUUGUACUCUUCGCCUGGCCUUUUACGGCCACCCCAUGUUUGUUUUGUGGAGAUGGUAGCUCCAGUUUAGAGUUAGGAAUGUAUUACCUCAUGCCAGUGGUUUUACUAUCAGUUGGCUGGCCGCUUACAGAUGUGAGUUAUUCUAAGCUGAUGAAAGAAAUGCGUACAGAAAGUGGAAAGGUUCCAGAAAACUCUAGGUAAGUCUUGAAAUAUAUUAUACUUUUGAACGUACAUAGCACCUCGUCUGCGCCUAACUAUUCCGUUAUGCUAAGACAAAUUACAAAGUUAAACAAAAUCGCACUUUUCCGGCUUUUAAUUUUUUUCACAAUACUCUGACACCUAAAUACUUUGCAUAGAUUAAGCGGUCUGUUAUUUUGUUGUUGUUUUUCUUUUUUUUAUCUAAUUCAAUUACUUAGCAAUUAGAUCGCAAUACUGUGUUGACACAGAGAGACAGAGAGAAAUAGAAAGAAGUGCUUCUUCUUUCGUGACAGGCUCGUAGCCAGUACAGAGGAAAUUGCAUGUGUUAUUAUUUUUUUAAACUUUUUUACAAAAACGUAUAUGGCUACGAUGCCUAUUAAUUAAUUAUUUAUUAUUUCUACGUAAACAUAGUUGAAUCAACCCAAAACAAAAUACAUUUUUAACUUUAAAAUUUUCAACCUUUCAUUAGCCACUAUUACACUGCUAGCCGGAUGCGUAUCACUGUUCUUAACUGAUUUUUCGCGUCUACAAAGCAAGGGGAUUUUCAUAGUUUUUUGCGGGUUGUCUGGCUUGGUGUGAAUAAGUUAAAACCGCUGAGUGCACCUACCUGUUUCUGGAAAGAUGGCACUGUCUUGUGGCUGCGAAUUAGUAUUAGUUAAAUUGUUGUUUUUUAAAAUUUAAUUAUAUUGUGACAAUAAAAUCUUAAUGAACCGUAAUAGGAAGUAAAAUUAACAAGACAAGUAUGGAAUUGUUAUUCUCAAGAAUUUAUAUUUUACUUUGGAUCUUCUCUGUUAGCGUACUUCUGACAGCAAGGUACGUAGUAAGGCAAGUAGAGUCUUGCGCUUUGUCUAUGUUUAUUUCAGCCGCUUUUCUUAUUUCGUAUGUUUGAAUUGUUUCUUUUUAAUUAAAGAAAUCGCAUAUCGAGAAUACUAAUGAAUUAUUAAGUAUACUUACACACAUCGUUUUUUUCUCGUAAAUUUACAUAAUUUAUACUUUUACCCAUACAAUUAUUGUGUAGAAAUUUUGAAAUAAUCAUACACUUUCUCAUGUUUUUUUUCUAUAUGAUACCCCCAUGAUUCUCGUUUUGAAUGAGAAUAGGAUUUGUAGACCAGACUGUUCUAAAACCAGACUUGACUCUGGGUCUUGACUUCGGCUCACAUUUGAUUCUCUGCCUCAAGACACCUGAUUGGUCCACUGCCAGACAUGUUUCGAAUUCCUUAUGAUCCGAUUAAACGAAGCCUAAAGUUGUUUUGGGUUUAAUUCGCGAAUCUUAAGUGGGAACAAUCUCGAUCGUAUGCGCAUUCUAUGACUCCCAAUUUGCAUGAGAGCAUGAAUUACUGCCUUAACAAUAUCAAUAUUUAGAAAAUUGUACCUCAAAGAGUAGAUAUUUCUAGGUAUCUGGUAUCUAGAUGGAUUUUUUCCCAACAGUGAAGGCUUUUAUUGAUUUCUUCGAGGCUGGUCAGCUUCAAAAUGAGAGCGAGAUUUUAGCUGACCGACUGACUGUGGCGUCGCUCACUGAGCUCGGGUCAGUGAUAUAUGGCUGUGCAAUGAUGACUAUAGUUGACUGUGGCUAUGCAAUGGUAACUAUAGCUGACUAAACUGACUAUGGCUGUACAAUGCUGUGACUAUAGCUGACUAAGCUGACUAUGGCUGUGCAAUGCCGUGACUACAGCUGACUAAGCUGUGUAGUGGUGACUAUAAUAGCUGACUAAGCUGUGCUAUGGUAACUAUAGCUGACUAAACUGACUAUGGCUGUACAAUGCUGUGACUAUAGCUGACUAAGCUGACUAUGGCUGUACAAUGCCGUGACUACAGCUGACUAAGCUGUGUAGUGGUGACUAUAAUAGCUGACUAAACUGUGCAAUGGUAACUAUAGCUGACUAGUAAACUGACUAUGGCUGUACAAUGCCGUGACUAUAGCUGACUAUAUUUUCUGUGCUGCCACUGCUUGAAUGCUGGCUGUGUGGUAUGAUAACGUAUUGCUACUCUUGAUAGCAAUCUGAUAGCCCCACGGAUCAGAAGAAAAUAAUAAGAAAACUUGCAUCUGAAUUUUUUUUCAGAUCUUUGGCUCGUAUCUGCCAAGUGUGUCUUUAUAUCUUACUGUGGGUCUUAUUACAACAGGAUACCGAACACAAAGUGAACUCGCAAAUCAGCGAGCAAUUUACAGUAAGUGAAAGCAAAAAUAGAUUAGAUAGACAGGCUACUAUCUUCGGAUCUUAGACCCAACGUACUCUUAACUGAGGAACUGAAAGUGGGCAGGCUUAGGGCUAGCCCUAAUGUCUACUCUGAACCUCCUCCUUACGAUCGGCAGUCUACCAAACCAACUUUAAUGGCUGUAUCUACCGAUCAUCCUUUUCAUGUCCGCUGUUGCCUUAAAAAUAAAAUUUCUUACCUUUGUAAACCGACGAUGUAAACAUGUAAUUAAGGCAUCAAUAGCCUGUUUACAGACGACCCCUUACUUUUCAGGCUUUAGAAGUCUUUGAGCGCGUGUGUAAAAAUUGAAAUCGCGGGGGAUGUAUGGAUUGCAGGCGUUGGGAAAAAAACGGCUGUGAACGGGCUAGGGCAUCAUCUUUCGUUUUCUGAGUUUGCAAAAAUAUCACACUCUGUCUGUUUAUUUUCUGUUUCAGUACGUUGCGCUUGUUCUAGUUCCUGUGUGUUUUCUAUUCGUUUUUGCUUUUCAUUUCUCCGUCCUCGAGUCCAUACCACAGUCUCGAGAGUUCAAGCCGGAAGAAAAAGAGGAUGAAGGUACAAUAACUUGAUAACAAGUACCGGCUUUCACCAAGGAAGAAGCCAAUCUUUAGGCUAUCCUUCCACCAGAAUCCGCGCUACAGAAAGGUUUCCGAGGCCAGAACAGCAUAACGUUUGUAGAUCCUUUCCGUGUGACGUCCUGGGUUUGUUGGUGUAAAAUGAGUCAAAAACAAAUAUCAUGUCCCUCGCCCCCCCCCCGCCACCCCCUUCCCCCCUCACCAGUUGCGGUUGAAAACAGACCUGAAUGGGUCAAACAAAUUCUUAAAAACAAGAAACGGACUGACACUAACGUUGAACAAAAGUAUGGUCUAAACAAAUUUUAUAUGAAAAAUAAUAUUAUAAUAUUUAUUUAUCUUUUCACGUAUGCAAGGAUCUUCCGUGAUUCUUGCCUUUUUUUGGCUGCUACACACUAAAAGCUUUCGAUACGUCUUGAAAACUGUGUAUGACAGUAUACAGGGUUGUGUUGUUAAAAUAUAUCCUUUGACUUAAAGAAAAGAACUGCGGAAGAUCAAUGGCAGACAUUCCAACACCAAGUUCAUUAGCGGAUCAGGAGAUAACGAGCAGAAUAGAAAGGCAAAAAAUAAAAUGGUACGAAUGGCUCAAAGAACCCUUGUUAUACAAGGUCAGUGAAAGUUCUAAAGGUAGAUCUAGAUACGGUAAAACUGCGAACAACAAAAACGUGUAACCUGUUUUGAGACAUUCAUCCACGAACUGGCAGCAAAUCAGCUUGCUGCAGGUUACGAAAAGUUGUCGCAGAAAGUAGAGAGUGGUUCUACUUUUUCCGACAAAAUAUUUACAUGUUGCGCGUUUUACCGACCCAAGACAAAAUUGUUUGCAGCAAGUGACGUAAAUCCUUUGUGUGGCGUGACUCCCUAUCCAAUCAGAAGUCAGAACCUACCCAACUUGCAGCAUAUCAACCUUUAUCAUAAUUUUAUAUAAAUAGUAAUUAACUAUGAUUGUUCUUUAUUAUCUAUUUACUGCGUUAUAUAUUUAUAUUUGUAUAUUUUUUUCAUUUUCAUUUUAUUUUUUUUUGUGGAGAAUAUUUUAACUGUUGCAUUGUGGUCAAACAACAUUUUCUUGACUGACUUUUCAGCUCAGAAUUUCUCUGAUGGUUGUGUGUAAAUCAAUUAAUCUUUCUACAUAUUUUAAGAAGAGAUUUCUCUGCCUAUUAUUUCUUUUUUUCUAACAGUCUUCUCCCGACGUCAUUAGGCUGGUUUUGUUAUCCUUUUUGUAAACAAUGCUUUGAAGAUCGUCCAGUCAUACCUUCCAUUGUAUCUCACUGAAACUCUUCAGUUGCGGAAGGUAAGUGGUUCUACCUUAAAAUUAAGUCAGUAACACUUUCUACUUUCUAAAAGGCAGCUCAAAAAAUGACGCUGCCUUGUCAAUGUGGGCGAUAUUGUCCGCUGACGAAGAUCUUUUUGGCCAAUAUUUUUCAAUAAUGGAUUCUCCCUUUUUUUUUCUGGCCAUAAAACCUUUCGAUGGAAAUGCAUUUGUCCACUUUUAAAUGAUAGAUUUUAAGAUUAAAUUGCAAGAUCCUAAGUUGGAAACUUACUUGACAAUUACCUUAAAAGGCUGUACGGCUUCCCCCUCCAGCAUUGUCCGCCGUCGUUUAAUCGUAAGCUAGUACCGCUCGCUUCUGUCGUUUAUUCAAAUCAGGUUUACGGUAAACUUAAAUGCACGGUGAUACUUAUAAUUGUAAUAAUUAUUUUAUUAUGUUGUAGGAGUCAAUAGCAUUCUUCCCGCUGAUUAUUGUGAUGACCCGUAUUGCGACGGAGAUCACCUGCAAAAGCUUCAUUGAAAAACAGACACCAAGGGUAGGAUCACGGGAGACAAAUGAAAAAAAGAGGGAAUCUAGGAAACAUAUUUUCCUCUUAUUAUAUAAGUCAUUUUAGAGGUUGUAAUUGAACGGAGGUCUAAUUGUUGAGACCUACGCGCAUUUUUCUCGAAUAUUUGAAACGUCAUCAAGUCCUCGCGCCACUGCCACAAUACAAAGCAGAAUAUUGUAAUGCUGGGUGACUCAAUGUUGAAUUCUCCACUUGACAACACUGAAUAAUGGAAACCAACUUCCGAUUAAUUUCAAGCGUUUAAUUGGCCUAAAAAUAACUUUGGUGAAAUUCAUAAAUCCCAAGGGCUCGCUCGACUGAGCGUUACACUCUCUGUUCCAUCAUUCUCGCCUCUUGUUAAGAUUAUUAGGCUGAUUUAGCAAAAGAACGGGAACGUCAUUUGACGACGGCAAAGCGCGCGAAAAGGACUAAACUCUACUUCCGGUGCCCAGUUUGCCGCUCAGCCAUUGGUCAAGCCAGUUGUUUGAUUUGCGCGCGCCGUCGUCAACUGACGUUCCUGUUCUGUUGCUAAAUCAGCCAUUAUGAGUAAAAUAAAAUCCCCCGCCAGUUUUUCGUAUCAGGGAACGUAACCCUUUAACUCCCAGUGGUGACCAAACAAUUUUCUCCUAACGAUAUCCAUAGAUUGUCAAGAGCAAAGUAUAUGAGCGUUAAUAAAAUGAUCUCAAGGAAAAAAACUUUGAUAUUUUAUCAAAUUCUCCCAACUAAAUUCUUCAAGGAAAUGUAUGGAUAUCAGUUUUGAGAAUUUGUAUGUGGAUACUAGGGCUUAAAGGGUUAAGCAAAGGCGUUUUUGAGCGAAGAACGUCAACCGGAAGUGAGGUCAUCUCCCUUAUAGUAUGUCUUGAAGCUACCAAAUUUGUAUUGGUAAGUGUCGUUAUUCUCUGCCCCAAGAGCGAAAAAGGUUCACUUCCGGUUGUCGUGCGUCGCUCAAAAGCAUCUUUUCUCGUUAAAAAGCAGAGGAAAUAUUUUGUCGGGUUUGAGUGAUCCUCAAAGUCCGCUCUCCUUAUCCCCCUGCCCCACCCCUGUAAAAAAAAGCUUUCUCAAUUCCCCCUUGUUAAUUUAGGCUAAUGGGUUGUGUAGAGUUUCGACAGAAAUCGUUCGCGUAGUUUACAGUGGACCCUUCAUAUUAUAUGCAUUCAUCGUAUUACUAUCAUGCUUAACAAUUCUGAAUUUGUACGUGGAUAUUAAAGGCAUCUUUCUAAAUGAUUUUCUAUUCCUUAGGUUGUCAUCCUGUGCACUACUUUCGCCUUAUUUGGUACCUGCAUGUGGUAUUUCCUGCAGUCAGCAGAGCAAGCUUCGCUGGUUUAUGCGCCCACGGUCAUUUUUGCUUGCAUGUCGUCUCUUGUCACCAUGGUAACGUCACAUUUGCACCAGGAGAUAAUUGGACACAACGAGGUUGGUCACUAUUUAAGUAGUGAUCAUAUAUUUACUUAUCAAACCACGAGCAAUCAAAGCUUACUAUUUGAACGCUCAGUAAAUAAAAACAGAACCUUGUGUUUUAAUAGACUUAAAGAAUGUUGCGUGAUGAACAAUUUAUUAAUAUCUAGUUCUCAAAACACUAAAGCGUAAGCUUAAAAUUAAUCUCCACUUAUAACGUCAAUACGAACAACGAAUUUUUUUCGUGAAAGCCAGUAUGCGUGUGUUAUUUCCAGGGCUUAUUUUUGCUCGUCGCGCUUGGCUCUGAGAAGAGAAGGUCGACGACCACUCGCGGUCUAUUACGAGACCCUGACUCCAAGUAUCUUAAUAAUUAAGCAAUCGAAAAGUUGUAACAAAAAUAUGUGGCGAAAUCUGAGUCAUUCUCGUUAAAUGAUAAGCAGGCUGGUUGCCUACAUACAUAAAAGCGCUAGUUACAAAACUUUUAGUGAUUUUCCCUUUAUUUUCUUUCAGGAAGUCAACAGCUUUGUUUCAAGUGCUCUUGAAUGUACAGAAAGAGUUUCGCUUGGUUUAAUUGUUCUUACAGUCCAAAUAUUCUGCCCUGCGGGCCAGAAUAGGUAAAAAUGUGUUGCAUUUUUAUGAGUCAGAACAUUUUAAUCUGCAAUGCAUGUACGUAAGAUCUCGGAGUUGACUUAAACCUCGUCCUGCUUCAAAAAGUUUUAUUGUACUGGGGUUAUAAUUGGUGACAAAAAUCUCGAAAGACUAAUGGUAAAGUUUAACUCCCUUGGAUUUCCCCUCUAAUAUUUUAAAUGAACUUCAAAGUGGAGAGUGCAGGCUUUUAAGUACGCUUCAUCGAUUUGUGUGAAAGAUAAACUUUCUGCAUAAUAUAAGGUUAACACAUAAAUAAUAGAUAGAUUUUUCACCUUCAAUCGAUCUUGCUUCAUUAGAUCGAUUGGUAGUUACCUACGCUCUGCCUUCCCAGCGGCCUUUGGGAGCUGUAUUGUCGUACCAAUGCUUGUUGCGACCGCUUUCAUGAGCUCAAGAAACAGCAGUGAAGGUAAAGUUGUACACUACCUUGAAAUCAGUUUAUAUGCUAAGAAUAUUAUUGUGGCGUAUCAAUCCAGCAACACAGUUGAUUAUAGGCUGACAAGAGAAGAUUUAGGCUCCCUUGAGGUUGAUCAUCGACAAACAGCAUGAUCUGAAGUGAGACUUCUGCCUGAUUAUACAUUGUACUUAUUAUUCUAUCUGUCUUUUCAUUGGCUAAGAGCCUACCGUUAAUUUUGGAGAUCAUCGCAGCCUACAGAUUAUUUAGCUGCAAGCAGUUAACUGUUAUCCGCUAUCUGUGGGCAGAUUAACGUAUGAGAUUAACAAAAGCGCUGAGUCCCUGGCAAAAAUCUCACACAUGUAUGGAACGAAUGUUAAGGCGGUUAUCGAAAGGCAUGAGUUCCUUUAAGGAAUUUUUUAACUUUGGCCUCAAUUUUCCGCGUUUGCGAAUUAUCUCUUUCGUCUGACGUGGUCCAAAAGUUAUUUGAAAACGCAAUGUUUGAUGCUUUAGGUCUCGUCUUGCAGGACCAGAGCUAACGAUAACAGUAGCAAGCCCUCGAGAGGAUAAUGAAGUGAUACAGACUAGCCUCCCAUUAGUCAACUGCGCCUACCGUUUAGGUAUGUCCAUAUGGAAAUAAGAGGAAUGAAACACGGGUAGGCUUCCGUCCCGAGGUCAACUCCCUUACCCAAUUAUAUACCAUUUUUGACGGAAAAGGUAUUUUGUAACCCUUUUUAUAUGCUUUAGUAUUGAAAAAUUUUACCCCCUUCACAUAACCAGCCGCAUCAAAAGGGACGAUUUUUAUUUUCUACAUCGCGUUUAGGCUUAGUUAGUGUCAGAUUUUUUCCAGCUUUUUCUUCGAGAGCUUUUUUCACGCAAGAAGUUUGUCUCUUGCUCACCGUGAAGACAGUUCUCGAUACUGAGUGGCACCCAGUUUAAAAACAUUUAAAGUGAGUUUUAAUUCUCAGUGUUUAUUUUCUUUUUUUAGCUUCUUCGGAAGCAUCAACUCCUCCAGUGGAUGUAGAACACAAUGAAAUGAGAACUAAUAUUGAUGGCGACUGCAAUGAGUUACAAGGUAAGUUCAAACAGAUAAAUCAGGAAUGGAGGAGAGAAAGAGAGAUACUAGAGAUGCUUCUCAUUAAGUGACACAGGAGGUUCCGAAUGCUGUGCUUCCAACAGGAGUCGAACCUAAGACCUUCCGGUUGCUAGUCAGUGACAGAUGCUUUACUAUCAGAUUUGUGAACACGUGACCAAGUGUCCCCUUUACUUGUCGUUUCCUGUUCAAUACUAAUUUCCACACAUAAGUUAGUACCGAGUUUCACGCAAUUUUUUUAUCCGUCGAUAAGAACUGUUUUCAGCUGUUUUGUCUGCUUCUUUUCUAUUUUGAGAAAUUUUUCAUCUUGAAUUUGACGUUUUGCGGUUUGCCGUACAAGUGAAGAUAAACCCUCUAUUGAGCUACAGGAGACUCGUGGGAGCUAAUCAGCCACCAAUCCAGGUUCAGGCACAGCUAAGACUGGAAUGUCGUUAUGGCUUAUGCUCAAUAGAAAUAUACAGUGUGAGUGAUGUUGAAAAAACAGAAGGUCAAAUGUUCGUUCGACUUUUCAUCCUCGGAGCCGCCUGAUAAAGGGGCGACUGAAAAAUUAUGGAAAAGAAAAGUCGAACUUCCAUAUGUAUUACCAACCAGUUCCAAACGGUCGCCGUCGUUCUGGCUACUGAUUGGCGCCAGAAAUCUUGUGUUUUUCUGGCACCAAUCAGAAAUCACAUCUCCUGAUUAUUGAGCAUUGAUUUUGAAAAGUAGUAAGUUAUUUGUUUUCAUCAGCCCUGGAGAGUGGUCGGAUUAAGUGAAGUGGAAGUUGCGCGAAUUGGUGUUGCGGCAUAAACCAUUAUUUAAUUAAUACUUUAUCGUUCUGUGUUGUCUUAAAAGGUUCACAAUUAACGGCUUCUCCAUCACAUUGUGCGACUGUGGAAACGCAGCCGCGCAGCCAACGAGAACAAGGUUCGUAAUAAGAAAAAAAAAUACUCCACAGUUUUUAACAAGUUAGGCUUAGAACCUAAUCUUUUACUUAUUGAAAGCCAUUAUUAAACUCAAUAUAAACCAUUCAAAAACAUUAUUCCAUUCAUUUGAUUCGGUACUGAUAUUUUUUAUUUUUUCUUAAUGUUCUAAUAGAAAUUAACAAACAAUCAUACCUUUUUUCUUCCAGAUAUUGAAGAAGUAAAACGAGCAUUAGACGAGCUACACCGACUCCCGUCCACAGAUUUAUAAACGAACUUUAUGCUUAAGCGAGCC